UGAUUGGCUGCACACCGUCCAAAGUUCUCGGUCAGUCUACCGCUUUCCAUCAUCAAGCUCCGGUGAGCAACGUGCUCCAGCUAGUUUUCAUAUUAUCAAUCAACACCACGCCGAACGCCCACCAGCUUCACAGAACCACCAUAUCCCAGCAAAUAUAUCAAUCAUAACGGGCCCCCCCCCCACAGUAAACACCCCCAAAAUAACGAAAGCAAAGGAGAGGGGAAAACAAGAGGCCACAGAAAAAAGCAAGCGAAUAUCACCCUUCGCGACUUGGCCGAAGAUGACCGCCACGUCACCCAGCUCGGUCUCGCAGCUGUCCCAGCAGAUGCUCUCACACACCGCCCCACACUACACCUUCUCCUUCACACCCUUCCUCCAAAAGACCUACCAACACAGCCUCCCCGCCGACCGGCCGAUCUGCAAGGCCUACGCAUCAGGCCACUGCCCGCUCAAGACACGCUGUCCCGACCGCCACGCGCCUCCCGCCCCCGGCAAGGACGGCGCGCACACCACCACCUCGUCCUCCUCGCCGCCCUUCGGCAGCCUCGUGUGCAAGCACUGGCUGCGCGGCCUAUGCAAGAAGGGCGAGGGGUGCGAGUUCCUGCACGAGUACAACCUCCGGCGGAUGCCCGAGUGCAACUUCUUCGUGCGCAACGGCUACUGCAGCAACGGCGACGAGUGCCUGUACCUGCACGUCGACCCGGCCUCGCGCGUGCCGGGACGGCGCGCACCCGCGCUGGGAGAGGGACCUGGAGGAGCCCAAGGUGAGGGAGGAGAGGACCGCCGAGGAGGAGGAGAGGAUCAAGGAGGAGAGGGAGAGGGAGCGCGAGAGCAUGCGGGAGAGGGAGAGGGAGAGGGACGGCGACCGGCAUGAUAGGCAGGGG